UUCGCCGUCCCCCAUUGAAGCUUGCGCUUUCCGUUUCAACGUUUUUGCGCAUACCGCCCGAUCGGGUCGACUGAUCGCACGAUGGGCGGCGUGAACCUCGAGGUCUUCAAGUUCGGCAUAUACGUCAUGUUCCCGAUCGGGAUCAUGUACUACUUCGGGACGAACCUCGACGAGCGGUUCGCGGUGCCGGAGUUCUGGCCGCGGCCGGAGCAGGCGCACCGCGUGCCGUUCGACCGCGACGAGAUCCGCGCCGAGCUCGAGCGCCUGCGCGCGCGCCGCCUCUACCUGCGCGACCAGCGCCUCCAGAACGAGCAGCAGCAGCAACCGCAGCGGCAGCAGCACGGCCACCACGAGGACGCCGACGGCGAGUAGGGCCGACGGCGACGGUUGGGGAUGACUGCGGUACGGUGAGGGGG